CCAUUAAUAAAGUUUGUGACCAUGGACUUCAUACGUGGCAUUGAUCAUCACGACUCUCGAAUCGCCUUCACACUCUUUCAACUCGACAUCACAAUCCUCGAUCAGCUCAGAAUGAACAACCUGCAGAACAGAGCCAAUGCCGUCUUGGCCUUUUCCAUCUCUGCCCUGUUUUGUCUUCUCGGGGCCAUCGCUCUGAGCGCACUUGUCAUUCCCGCCAAUCCAACUGGCUCUGUCGCGCUCGAUUCCAUCAAAGUUAUCACAGGAAGAUAUGACAAGAACUGGGUCGACUACAGGACACGAGACAAUGAAUUCGCCAAUACGGUGAUGCAGAUUGACGCUGAUCUAUCGACACUGUUCCACUGGAACACCAAGCAGCUUUUUGUCUAUGCCGUGGCGGAGUACUCGACCCCAACUCACCCCAAGAACCAGAUUGUUCUCUGGGAUACGAUUAUCAAGCGCAAGUCUGACGCUUUGCUUCGCAAAAAAGGCAUCCGCAACAAGUACAGCCUGAUCGAUGUGAACAAGAAAUGGACCAAGGUCAAUGCAAACGUUUCCCUUCAUUGGAACAUCGUCCCUUAUGUCGGAUUCAUGACCUACGGUCAUUCUCAAGCUAGCAAGGGCUAUGCAUUCCCUUUGCCCAGUGGCAGCCAGACGUAGAGAAGAAUAAAGACUGGAUAUCUCGACAGAGUUCGUG